AUGCCGCCGUGUCGCCGGGAAACUUGGGGAUACCGCGGCAUCCGCGUGUGCCCCUUUGGCAGCUUCUCCACCGAGAUCUGGUUUCGUGGGAUGCGCAUCGUCCUCGACACUUUCGACACCGCCCAUGAGGCCACCAGCGUGUACGACACGACGGCGUGGCACCUUCGGUGGCGUCAUAGAACAUUGAACUUCCCCAAUGUGCCGACACGGGAGUGGGCGCAGGAGCUCGCACCUCCGCCGCGGCUUAUCACCGACGAGGAUUGUCGCGACAACCGGAGGCAGAAGCACCGUCUCGGGAUCGCCGAGAUGGAUGUGGAAGCCAUGGCACUGUGGCGCCAAUGCUUCCCGCAUGACAUCAUCAAUGAGCACGAGUUCUACGCACAAACGAGGGCAGAUAGGGAGAAGAGGAGGGCGGAGCGAGCCGCCCAUAGCGAGGACAAGCGCAUGCAGAAAUCGGCCGCUCAGUUCAACAUGAAGCUAGGAGCAACGUCGCCCUGGGACUCUUACGACAAUCGGUAUCUUGACACCUACAUUGAGACGUCGGAGGAGGACAUUGAAAAUAGGGAUGUUACAGCCGGUGUGCAGCAACUGGCCACACUCCUCUGCGAGCAUGCUUGGAGCGUCGAGUUCAUGCAACAGGGGCUGGCUUGGUGUGGCGGCUUGCUCCUCCGCUUGCCCGCCAGCGGCGUCACCCAUGGUACUGACGGCCUGGGGCGGGGAGGGAAGUGGGGCAGCCAGCUGACUAGCUUGUCGGGGCACCCAGCCGGCUUUUAUGUCGUAGAACUUGUCUUCCUGCUCACUGGACGCAAUGGAGAGUGUGGAGAAAAUGGUGCAAGGAGGAUAUGGGGAGCAGUGGUGUGGUGCAGUUCUUGCCAGGCGUCUGGCCUCAUUUAA